AUGAAAUUCAUUUUUUCGGUUUUUCUUCUUGUCACUUUAGUAGUCGAAGGCGCUGUUCCAAGAUCUAAACGACAAUUUGGCGUAGGUUUGUGUUUUUUUUUCAGAUUUUUUCUUGUAUACGUUUUUUUUUGGUAGUUAGUAUUUUAAAAGGUCUAGGAAACCCUUGUAAAAUAAUCUUUAUCUUACUUCAUUUUUCAGUACCUCUCUAUUCCUCAUGUAACGAAUAUCUCCAAUGUUCCGCACCGGCAGUUUGCGCAUCUGGAACUUGUCAAUGUGUUCAAUCCUACCAACCAUCAGGAUCUUCAUGUGUUCCAGUAUCCAAUGCCGCUCCAGUCAAUGGUGUUUAUCAAGUUCCAGCCGGAGGUAAGUAGUUGUUCGCACAUUGUUUUGUUAAUCCGAUUGUUUGCAGUCGCUCCAGCAACAUUCCGAACAGUAUACACAGAAGCAUUGACUGCUUCCGCAGCCGCUCCUGCACCAAGACCAAUUUUUGCACAACCUGUUGUUUAUUAUCCACAAGUAGUUCGAGGACCACAAGUCAUUUGUAGUUUACCUCCAUGUCAAGAAGCACCAACUACUUCCACCACCGAAUUACCAACUCCAGCACCAGAAGUAUCAACAACAACCCAACGGUUUGUAAAAUAUAGCUGAAUGCUGACUGAGAAUGGUGUGAUAAAUAGGGCAAAUCCUGCAUUUUAACAGAGAGGGCAUGAAAAAAACUAACUAGAAAUCUUCUAACAAAAAUAUCCCAAACAACAUGAUUUUCUAUCUAGGUUAUAUGACAGUCCAUCAAUUGCCUACCCUGGAGAAUUCUGUAAUGAGCCGACCAUUUUCUGCGUUGGUGGAAGUUUCUGCUCAAAUGUGAGUUUUUUGGUACGUCCUAUGUUGAAAAUAUUGAAAAAAAAAUUAAGAUUUGUAGCUUUUUCUAAGAUCGAUCUAUUUUCAAAUAAUUCAGAUCAGAUUUAUUAAGGGACUUGGGGAUAAAGCUCUUGAUAAUAGAAAAAAAAAGAUUCAUUUUUUCCUGACAAGAAUUACCAAGAAAACUUUGGGAAAUCUUGCUGUCUGAUUUUUGAGAAAAAUCGGGAUUGUCCAAAACUGUAAAAAGGCGAUUUUUCAGAAUAUUUGCAUUUGCCGACCAGGAGAGGAAGUUGAGAACCAACAAUGUGUGCCAAUUCCACCAACCACUACCUCAACGACCACAGUUGCACCAACGACUACUACAACCUUACCAACGACUACUACAACUUUACCAACUACGACCACGACCUUACCAACCACAACGACCACAACGACCACACUUGCACCUACAACCACCACAACUUUGCCAUCGACCACUACAACCUUACCUACAACAACGACCACUGUAGCAACAACCACCACAACCUUACCUACAACGACGACGACCUUACCCACAACCACGACCACCUUACCUACAACGACGACCACCUUAGCUACAACCACGACGACCUUACCAUCGACCACCACAACCUUACCUACAACCACGACGACCUUACCCACAACGACGACCACCUUACCAUCGACCACCACUACAGUUCCAAGCACGACAACCACAGUAAUCCCAAGCAGAGAUGAUGGGUGAGACAUUUUUCUCAUUAUGAAUUAUAGCAGCAAUUUUUGAAGCUCGAUAUUUUUCAGAAUGACAUAUUUUCAAGAUAUGUUUCUUGUUUUUUGAACUUCUAACUUUCAGAUUUCUUAUGACUCAUCAAAACUAUAUCGAAAAAGUCCAUGAACCAAUAAUAUUUUAUUCAUAACAUUUCUAUUCACAAAAAAGUUCAUUGUUACUUUUUCAUGCAUCCUUAAUCCCACGAACUUUGAUCCCAAGAACCUCUAAUUUUUCAUUUUCAGAUGUAAUCCAACAAACUGCAAUUGCAAUUCAAUUGGAUGUCAAUCAAAUCACAUAGUUCGAAUUAAUUUUGUUGUACCUGGCCAAUCAUGCAAUUCAAAUACCCAAUGUCUUUCUGGAUCUUACUGUAGUAAUAAUGGAGUUUGUAGAUGUUCAAGAAGUUUUGAACAACGUGGAACGAUGUGCAUAAGAAGAAGAAAAUAA